CAAAAGGCCGCUCACACUCUUCGUGAGGGACUCGAAAAUGGUGAUGGACUGUAGGAACUGGGACGAAGAAUCUUACAGAGACUCCAUUCUGCAAGAGAUAGAGACGAAUUGCAGAACCGUAUUCCGGACAGCUUUUGGUCCCAACUCGAGCCGCAGCUCCACUCCCGGCCACCUAUUUGCGGCCACAAGCGACGGCUCCAUUGCCUCAUACUCCAUCUCUUCCCUCUUGGGUUCCUGUCAUGGGGAUUUCGGAUCUGGGAAGUUGUUUGCGCCACUUGCAGAGCCUCUUUGGUGGGUUCAAGGGCAUGAUGGACCUGCCUAUGAUAUUAAAUUCUACAGAAACACAGAGGAUUCGAUAUUGUUAAGUUGUGGUGAUGAUGGCCGAAUCCGGGGAUGGAAAUGGGGAGAAAUUUUGGAACCACACAAUUCUAUUCAAGGAGGAAAUUCAAAACCAGUGCUUGAUUUGGUGAAUCCUCAACAUAAAGGCCCAUGGGGUGCACUUUCACCAAUCCCAGAGAACAAUGCUAUUGCUGUUAAUCCACAGAAUGGAACAGUAUUCGCUGCUGCUGGUGAUUCAUGCGCUUAUUGCUGGGAUCUGGAAAGAAGUGAGAUAAAAAUGGUCUUUAAGGGACAUUCAGACUAUCUUCAUUGCAUUAUUGUGCGUAAUGCGCACGAUCAGGUAAUAACUGGUUCGGAAGAUGGAACAAUACGAGUUUGGGAUUGUAAAAGUGGAAAGUGUGUGCAAAUAAUUGAUCGGAAGAAGGAUAAGACCCUGAAAGAAACUUUUCCAUACAUUAGUUGCAUUGCCCUUGAUGCAAGUGAGAGCUGGCUGGCAUUUGGAAGUGGCCCGUCGUUAUCAAUCUGGAACCUUCCCGCGUCUCAUUGCAUAACAAGGAUAACAACAAGUUCUGCUAUGCAAGAUGUUAUUUUUGAUGACCAUCAAGUUUUGGCAGUAGGAUCAGAGCCUUUACUCAGCCGGUUCAGUAUGGGUGGGGAGAUCAUUUCACAAAUACAAUGUGCUCCUGAAUCAACAUUUUCCAUCUCAUCACAUCCUUCUCGGGUUACAGCUGUGGCUGGCUAUGGAGCGUUAGUAGAUGUAAUUUCAGAGUUUGGAAGUCAUAUGUGUACAUUCCGGUGCAAGGGUUAAUGGGUAAAUCAAGCAGCAUGAACCCUUUACCAUUCUUUCGUCGUGUUUCAUUUGGCUGUCUCGGAGUUAGCCUAUUACCGGAGUAAUUAGACUGUGGGUACCUCAGCUCUACUGAAGUAGAGUAUAGGUCUAUUUUAGGGGUGAGCAUUGGUUUGUAUCAGUCGGUUUCAGUCCAAAACCAAAAUUAAUAUUAAUUUAUAAUAACUGUGACCGAACGGAAUUGCCAAAAAUCAAACACCGAACCCGAUUUUAACCAAAUCGGUUCAGUGGGUUUUUAACAACCGAGCAGCAAUGCACGAACUGGAAAUGCACUGGAAUUGCCGUAUCACUUGAUCAAGUAAAAGCUGGUUAAAUAU